GGAUGUACUGCUGAAAAUCGAUUAUGGACACAACCAGAGUUUUUAACACACGGUGCCCCACUUUCAAACUGGAACGUAAAAGUGUCCAGGCCAGAAAACAUGAAUGUGGUAAAGGACCCAGUUGAUGAUUCAACUAAUGUCUUAGAGGUAGUUUACAAAAAAGGUACAUAUUGUAGAUCAAAGCCUGGUGGUAUACAAUUCAAGGCUACAAAGUUUCCUCCACAGGAGUCUGCCAUGUUGUCAUACCAACUAUUCUUCAGUGAAAACUUUGACUUUGUCAAAGGAGGAAAACUACCAGGGUUCUUUGGGGGGUCGGGAAUUUGUAGUGGAGGAAGGAAGCAAAACUGUUUCUCAACAAGAUACAUGUGGAGAGAAAAUGGAAAAGGAGAACUUUAUCUUUACACUCCUUUGGAUCAGACAAAGGGAUUCUGCGAUCGUGAAAAUGUGUUUUGUAACUUUGAUUAUGGACAUUCAGUUGGAAAUGGAACAUUUGUUUUCACCACUGGAAGAUGGCACCAGAUUCAGCAGUAUAUAAAAUUAAACACUCCGGGUCAGAUGAAUGGAAUAGCUAAAAUAUGGUUUGAUGGUACCCAAGUGUACUCAAUUACUGAUCUCAAUUUUCGAUCUAAUCCUGAUGUGAAAAUCAACGCCUUAUUUUUUUCAACAUUUUUUGGAGGAGGCAGUCCAGAUUAUGCUACUCCUAAUACUGUUUGGGCAUUCUUUAAGAACUUUGAAGUCUGCAAACAUAAAUAACUUUGCUCAGCUGACUGUUCU